AUGCAUGCUGCCUUAGUGCUAAGCAAAAUGCCACAUGCUCGCAUAUUUUCAAUAUACUCGAAAUCCAAAUCUUCACGUGGUUUUGCUGGUAUGUUUCUUGCCAAAUACGGUCCAGCAGAUAAUAAGAUUGGACCUGUGGUAGCUGAUGAAGAAUUAUUUGCUACAGAUGUGGUCACAUGUGUGGGACAAGUCAUUGGUGUGGUUGUUGCGGAUACACAUGAAAAUGCUAUAUUACCAGCAAUAUUAUCAAUCAAGGAGGCUAUUGCUGCUAAAAGUUUCCACCCAAACACAGAGAAAAUGCUAAGGAAAGGAGAUGUAGAGCUAUGCUUUCAGUCAGGUCAGUGCGAUAGGAUAAUAAAAGGAGAGGUUCAAAUGGGCAGCCAGGAACACUUUUACAUGGAGCCCAUGGUAGUUUGGUCUGGACAAGUGAUGGUGGCAACGAAGUUCAUAUGA